GCGCCACUACUUAAACACCCGCCCGUUUCCGGAGACGAAGGAUUUUCACUCCUGAAACCAACCGGAUACAGUCGCUUUACACGGCGAGCCUCAUUUCAAACAGUUUCCAAACAUGACUAACGAUUUGCCCAAGAAGAAAGGCAAAGGCACCGGGGAGAAAAAGACCAAGAGAAAAGCCAAACGACGGGAGACUUACGCCAUGUACAUCUACAAAGUUUUGAAACAGGUUCACCCGGACACGGGCAUCUCCAGCCGGGCCAUGAGCAUCAUGAACUCCUUCGUCAACGACCUGUUCGAGCGCAUCGCCACCGAGGCGUCCCGGCUGGCCCAGUACAACAAGCGCUCCACCAUCACCAGCCGGGAGGUGCAGACCGCCGUCCGGCUGCUGCUGCCGGGGGAGCUGGCCAAGCACGCCGUGUCCGAGGGCACCAAGGCGGUCACCAAGUACACCAGCUCCAAGUGAGCGCGGUUCAUCCCCGCGGAGGCUCCGGGGCCGCGCGGCACUGACUCUGCGAUGGUUUGAUUUCAAUAAACGCACAAAAUCUUCA